AUGUCCGAACGUGCACCAGACAACUUUCGCGAGCUCGUCUAUAACAAAGUGAAGGAAAUACCACGCGGUCGUUGCACAUCGUACGGCACAGUCGCUGCACUUGUAGGCUACCCACGGCAUUCACGCCUUGUUGGGUCGUGCCUCAAAACUUGUACAGAUGAGACAGUACCCUGGCAGCGUGUCGUCUCUAGUAUCGGCAUCAUCAGUCCUCGCGAAGCUGGGCCCUUAGCCACCCAGCGUCAAGCUGAGUUGUUGCGUUCUGAGGGCGUGCAUGUCGAUGCGAUUGAUCAAGGUGAAGGCUUUGGCGGAGAUGGCGGCAAGGUGGAUAUGGUCUCAUAUGGGUGGUACGGUGAGGACUAGAGACCACGAAACCCGAUUGUGACUGUUGUGUUUCGCAUCGCCCGAUGGGCGACGUAGAGCGACGACGACCAAAUAGCAGACUUACAGCAGACUUACUUAUUGUCGCUGCGAGUCUGUACGGGAUAUGUCUAGUAAUGUGACGAGCGAGGUGAUCGAUAUCUUGCUAAGUCGUGCUGUUGCAGAGACCCUGCUCUCGCUAGAUCAGUAUGAAGCGAUAGACAAAGAUGCGCUCUUUCACCUCAACCAGCUCACUGAGCAAUUUCUUCAAAUGCUACUGCACCGCAUCCUGGCCUGUACGCGCGUCAAGCGGCGAACGCGCGCUAGUUAUGAGGAUGUUGAGCUGGCACUCUUGCGCGAGCACAUCAGUACUGGCGCUUUGGAAACAGAGCUCACGCGCGUUGCCGGUAGUCAAUGCAAGCGAGCGGCUAGCCCCGUCCUUGAGGUGUGUGCAGACAAGAUACCGAAGCGCUUUGAGAGUGCUAUGGACCGUAAACUACAAGCUCAGCUUCUUGGGCCAGAGCUCAAUGGCAAGCGGCGUGGUAUACCACCGUAUAUGAUGGAGAAGGGCAUGUUAUUACCAGCCUUGCCUCCACUUUACACACACCAAAAGACAGCUGUCUUCCCGGAUAGAGUGGAUUCGGAGCUGGAAAUGCGUCAGCGUGUCCUGCAAGAGACUCAGCUUGUUGAAGCGUCUCUUUGGAGAUUAGCAGACAUGGAAGAGCAAGCCAUUCACAAGCAGCUUGUUGGCAAUGGCGAACUUGACACCGUCAUGCAAGAUGCGGACAUAUCAGGGAACGACUCGAGCGGUGACGAUGAUCAAGAUCGCCCGACCAAUGUCAUGAGCAGAACAGCAAUACGCCAGAUGGCCCGACGCAAACGGCUAGAGGCCUUUAGUCAGGUGUGGAAGGAUAUGUCGUUUGGGGAGCUCGUCCGGCAUCGUCCUACGAAUGUCGACACAAUCAAACACGCUGGCAAAGUCUGAUGAAAUGCGCGCUGAUGCUAAAUG